AUGGAAUUAACCCCUACACAAUUAAAGAUUGUCAACCAUCAUUAUAACCCAAAGUCUGUACUUUCAAUUCAAGCAGGACCAGGAACAGGUAAAACUUUUGCGUUAGUUAAAAGAAUACAAAAACUCAUAGCUGAUGGUGUUUCUCCACAGAGUAUUGUGGUGCUUUCAUUGACGAAUAGAACAGUUAAUUCAUUGAGGUCUGCGCUUGCAGAAUACAUCGGUAGCCAGCCAGGUGAUGUCGUUAUAAAGACAUUCCACUCCUUUGCCCAUGAUUUAAUUGAAUCAAAUUUGCAAGAAUACUUUCCCGAAAAGGGUCGCCAGAUGUUGUUAGAUGAUAUAAGUUUUCAGAACUAUAGGGCGUUAUUUAUGAGUGGUAAAGGUGUUAAGCAACUACAUUUGGAAAAGGCAAUGCUGGAAGUAAGAGAUGGUAAGGAUAUAGCUGAUGUGGCUGAAAAGUACGAGAUUGUGCAAUCUGAUUUAUGUGACACCAUAAAGUUUUUUAAUGACAAUGGCAUGAUUAGAUAUCUGGACUUUAUACGAAAUGCAAUUGGAUUGCUAGACAUAUCCAAAGGUGAAAUUGUUAAAGAUAUACAGGUGUUGAUGGUUGAUGAAUUCCAAGAUAUGCAACCGCAAUUGGUGACGUUUAUUGAAAAGUUGGUGGAGUUUGGCGACAAGCACAUUACUUUGGCAGGCGACUCCAAUCAGUGCAUAUAUGAAUUUUUGGGUUCUUCACCAGAUAUAACUGAGAAUUUUAUUUCCAAGCUAGGCUGGGAAACGGAAGAAAUUUGCUUAAAUGAAUCUUUCCGAUUGUCACCACAGAAUCUCGACAUAUCAAACGUGGUCAUAGACCAGAACAAACUUGUAUCCAUGAAAGAACCAUCGGCUGGGCCAACAGUGUACUCGUUGGUUUCCAAGUACGAUGAGUAUAAUUAUAUUGGUAGUGAGAUUGCCCGAUUGAUUUGUCAGCUGGGAGGGCUCUUAAAGUUUUCAGAUUUCAUGAUCCUUGCGUCGCAAAAUAGGGAGGUCGAUAGUAUCAGUAAGUUUAUGACGGAUCAUUUUGGUUACAAUGUGAAUAAGUAUUCGCUGAAUUCAGAUUGGGUGAAUUCCAAUGUACAUAUCUUGAUUGAUAUAUUGAGUGUAUUGAACAAAGGAACGGGUUCUGAUUUGGCGUUGCUUUGUACGUUGAUGAAAUUGGGAAACCUGAAGUCACUUGUGCGUGACUUAUACUUGAGUUAUAGAUCAACUCAAAGCCCUGGUUUAGAAGACUACUUGAAGUCAGAGUCAGCAACUUGCAAGUUUAAUACUAAACCUCGUUUUAAAUUUAAGGAGAGAAUUGAUUUGUUUUUGAAUGUAAUCCAACAGGAAAGGAAAAAUCUUGAUGACCCCGUUUCUAUUAUGGCGUCCUUGGCGAGGAUUAUUAAGGAAACGGGUAUUAUUGCUCAAUUAAAUAAACCUGCUCGAGGGCAUAAGGACCAAGAAAAUGAAACAAAGUUGUUGAACAAUCUUAGUUCUUUUUAUGAGUCAUUAAGUUUAUCUUAUAAGAAAACCCCAUCCUUGGACUACUUUUUGAAUAAUUAUCUAGAAGAUGAGCCGGUACUCGAAGAGCAUUCGAUCAAUGUAUCGACUGUUCAUAAGGCCAAAGGUCUAGAAUUCCCAGUCGUUUUCGUUACAAACUUUCCUGGGUAUUACCGUUCGGUAAAUGCAAGAUUAUUGUAUGUAGCCUUGACGCGGGCUAAAAACUUGUUAUACACGGGAUACCAGGGCAACACGUUUCAGGCAUACAGUAGUAGCCGAGGCUUUGAAAUGAACAGAGCAUGGAUUUCUAGUACAGCCAGAGAUUUGCAAAGAAAUAAUCCCUCUAAGCAUUUGUUAAAUGCUGGAAUGCGUAUAUUAAAAACUAGUCGACUAAUUUAG